CCAUAGGUGAACUUUCAUUCUAUACUAAAGGCUUUAGAACAAGUGAAUAUGCCUACCAUUCUACCUCUUCAGGACGUAAAAAACUCAGACAUGMUCAAACCUUUUGAUUCAAAAAAAUCUCAAAAAGGAACUUUAGGAAAGACUUUUGAUUUUUUUGAAGUACUCGGUGAGGGCUCUUUUGCUAAGGUGUUCAGAUGCAUCGAUAAAGACACUGGGAGUUCUUUUGCGGCAAAAGAGUUAGAUUGCAAUGGUGAUGUUGAAUACAAAGCCAAGAUCGAACAAGAAGUAGAAAUCCUGAAAGAUCUUCGACACGAAAAUAUUGUGGUGCUACAUCAAUCGUUCACAGAAGGAGAUACCAUCUAUCUUGUGAUGGAGCUAGUAGAUGGUGGGAGUUUAUUUGAUGAAAUCAUUAAUCAGACUGUCUAUACAGAAAAGCAAGCGCUGYGUAUAACAAAACAGUUACUUGAAGCCUUGGAAUACCUCCACAGCCAAAGAAUAGUCCACAGGGACAUCAARCCAGAUAACCUGUUAAUACAGCGCCCACAAGACGACAGCGAUCUUAUUAUCAAAGUCACAGACUUCGGGCUAGCACAGAGGCUUCCAAGUGACUCUGACGUCAUCACCUGUGAAGCUGGCGGCGCCGCCAUGUUUCUUGCGCCAGAGACAAUCCUCGAGGARCCAAUAGGCUGCGCAGUUGAUGUGUGGUCURCUGGGGUUAUACUGUAUUUGAUGCUGGCAGGGUAUCCACCGUUUUGGAGCAGCAGUGACGAACAGUUGUUGUUAUCAAUACUAAGAGGGCAUUAUACAAUGCCUUCUCCUUAUUGGGAUAAUAUCAAAACCACGACAAAAGAUCUUGUAAGAAGCCUUAUCGUUCCUCAACCCGAGGGUAGGCUCACUGCUGCUCAAGCAUUAAACCACCAAGCUGUGUCCGAUGGAGCUCUUGGGAGGAAAGUYUCGUUGGAACGAGAAAGGAAGAGAGAUUUCUUGGCAGUCAUUAGUGGUAUUAGAGCGAUGAUUAAGUUUAAAAGAGCUAAUGUCAAAAGUGCUAGUAGAAGACUUUCUGAACGAGGAGAACUGAAGUCUCCUUUACCAGUCCAUCACAAUCAUUCAUUUCAAUCUGAACUGGAAUCAGUAUUUGAAUAAGACGUCACCACAACGGAAUCAGGAAUAUCUGGAAUCUGAAUCUCACAAUCUUGUAAAAUUAGCCUACUCUAGCAGAGAGGCUCUAGCAUAGAAGCACCUAACUGCUAUUCAAAGAAUAGCGAGGAAUAAAUAGAUUGGACAAUUGUAGAUUCUGGAUCUUGGAAUUCAAUAUUCCAAAUUUUGAAUUMAUUACAUGGAUAGAAAUUUAAGACUCUUUUUUAAAAAUAAUGUAAAUAAUUUGAGGGCAAGUAUGUCACUGAAAAAUUACCCUAGAUUUUUUCAAUUAUGAAUCAAGUUGGCUAUUAGGUUUUAAGGUUAUAUUUAGAGUUACAUUUGUCAACCUUAUAACUAUUUAUUUUACUGACAAUUCGUAACAUCAACAUUGAAUAAAUCAAUCUAAAAAAAAUAUUUAUUUCAUAAUAAAAAAAUGAUCAAAGAA